AUGACAUUUCUAUGGGAAUGUUUCAUGAUGCGAACACCGAUAUCUUUGACAUUAUUUUUAAAUGCGGCUUCGAUACCGACAGUAGUCAUUGAGCGGGCUAUCGCUACGUAUUUCUCAUCGAGAUACGAAAAUUUUGGGAAAAGUAUCGCUGUUAUACUCAUCGUAAUGCAGUUAACCAUUGGUAUCGGCAGUUUCCUAUUUAUGAGUAGUAAUUUCAAAUUGUUCGAUUCAGAGAAAGUGGUUUAUUGUUCGACGGCGAAUAAAGAAAACGCACUAAAAUCUGCUGCUGUCCUAGGCUUUUAUGCGACCAUCGAUUCUAUCUCUGCUUUAACAUUCCCAGUUUUAUUUUGCAUUAAUAAGGCAAUUUUGAUUUAUUACUUACAAAAACAUUCACCAACAAGUUAUCUAAUGAGUAAAUUGAUGUAA